UACUUAGGUACUCAGUUACUUUUCAAAUUUCAUUCGUGUUGGAUAUCAAAACCGCAUUACUCGACAUUAACUUCUGUUCUAAACCAUGAAAUUCAUCACUUUUGUGGCUAUAAUGUCUUGGUUUGUGAUGACAAUAGAAAUGUCGACAGUUAACAGAAAUUUUAACAUACAUAAAGCGGCUUAUUGGGGAGAUUUCCUUUUUGACUUCCCAUAUAAAGUUCAUUAUGGCGAAAAUGAAACAUUACAUAUGUUUGUGACGAUUACCUAUAUGCUUUACGACUCGCCCAGAAUGACACUACAUAUUAAAGCAGGUGAUAACGAAGGUGAAUUCGGAAUAGAUACAAACGUAGAUACAGAAAAUGUAUUUAGUAUCAAAGGAAAACUGAUAGACAAUACAACUAAAGUAGACAUAUCUUUGAGAUUUGAUAAAAAAAAGUAUUGUAUUUGGCGAUUAUUUGAUGGAACCAGAUCUAUAAGAAGAGACGAACCCGCGGAAAAUAGACUUAAUAUUUGUACAGAAACUCAACCCUGCUCAGCUGACAUAAUACUUGAUGACGAAUGUACAUGGGCGAACGAUAAAUUUGGUAUAGUGACGGACAAUAGUACGAUGACGAACAAUAGUACGAUGAUGGUCAAUAGUACAAUGACGAACAAUACUACGGUGAAAACAGGAGUACUGUCAGGUGUGGCGCUCAUCGUCACAAUAAUUGUAAUCGUAGUCAUAGCUACGAUAAUCAACAAACGGAAAACACCACAAACACAAGUGCCCACACCUGCUACUCCACCUGAACCUUUCUACUUGAAUAAUCUAAAUCUGUUCCGAAAGGAAUGUGAUCGAACAAUCGAAGCAUUGGAGGAGCAUCAAUAUGAGGAGAUUCACUAAGUCUCUCAAACGUGAACUAACCACAAUAAUUACUAUCAAUCUUGAUUUGAUUCUUUGUACUCGUCUUAUAUAUACGUAGUUUUAUUUUAUAUCAUUAAUGGACACACUCAGAGACAUUUAAUGGUUACUUAAGCUGUUCCUUAGUGCAAAAUUUCUAUGAGAACCUGUCACUAAAGAGUGACUUAAGUAGGUAAUCAUUAAAUGUCUCCGAGUGCGGGGGUAAGAAAUUAGUUUUACGUAGUUUAUAUUGUGUACGUACAUAUAUACACGUACGCACGUUCACUGCAGACCAAAAAGUCGGCUGACAAUCGGCCCGAGAAUUGGAUUUUUUUCUUCUGAAAAUCGUGAAUUCAAUCGAAAUUGUUAGUUGAUACCAGCCGAAAACCUGAUGUUGCUAUGUGCUACCUAUUAAUAUUUAUUAAUUUCCAUACUGGUUUAUGAGCUCGAGCGAGCGAAACGGUCGGCCGACUAAAAGUUUGUGGUGUACUCUAAUGGUCUCUGCACACAGCGGGCGC